AUGUGCAUCCAAGGCAUGCACUUCGAGCUCUCCUACAUCCUCCAAGGGCUCAAGCCUAAGACUUUUGAGGAAUUAUCUAGUCGCGCCCACGAUAUGGAGUUAAGCAUAACAGCUAAUGGUGGACAAAACAUACACAUUCAAAGCUUCUACAAUGGGGGCAAGAGUCAUGAUGAGGUUGAAAAUGACGGCAAGGCCUUUAAGAAAUAUGAAAGCAUGGAUGUUAUGCAUGUGAAUAUUCAACCAGCUAGGAUAUUCACUGAAGCUACUGCUAGGAUUGUAUUCAAAAGAGACAGUGUGGGAAGGUAUGUUUUGAAGACAUUCGAAGAGGCGCACACUCACUGUUUGUGCGAGGAGAGUUACAAGCCUUUCUUGAAAGUGAAUAGGAAACUAGAUGUUGGUCAUCAACAAUUCAUAACGAAUUGCUCUAAAGUUAAUAUUGGUGCCAGUAAGAGCUUUGACAUAUACGCAGAGAUGGUUGGUGGAGUUGAGAACGUGGGGUGUACGCAGCUAGAUUUCAAGAAUUAUAGAAGGGAGGUCUUAGCAUACAUGCAAGGAAGCGACGCACAAAUGAUAAUAUCUAAAUACCUUGAUAUCAAAUCUGACUACAGUGACAUGUACUUUGAAUAUGAGGCAAAUGAAAAAGACCAAUUGGCACGUGUGUUCUGUGCGGACGGUGCGACACGUCAAAAAUACUGUGCGUUCGGAGAUGUCGUAUCGUUCGAUGCAACGUACAAAACAAACAGGUACAGCCUUGUGUUUGUCCCAUUCACCGGUGUAGACAACCACAAAAAAUGCGUGACAUUUGCAGCAGCACUGAUUGCUAGGGAAGAUGUGGACUCGUAUUGUUGGGCACUGAGGAACUUCAAGAGCGCAAUGGGCAGCGCACCGCAUAUUACAGUAACAGAUCAAAACCCGGCAAUGAAGGUAGAAAUUGCAAAAGAAUUCCCGGAGACCCGUCACCGUUAUUGCAUGUGGCAUAUAAUGACAAAGGUGAGUGAUAAAGUGAGCACUGAGUUGGCGCGGAACGAAGAGUUCCGCCGGGAGCUAAAUGGUGUAGUGUGGAAUGACAGUGCGACUUCCGAAUAUUUUGAGGUUGCGUGGAGAGGAGUUAUUGAAAAAUACGGUCUACAAGAAAAUGCAUGGCUGAAACAUAUGUAUGACGAGCGUGCAACAUGGGUGCCUGCUUGUUUUGAAGACGUGUUUAUGGACGGACUACUCCGUACGACAUCCCGGUCUAAAGCAGAAAAUAGAAUUUUCUGA